AUGAGUUCUCUGAAUUCUUGUUCGGAUUUGCAUUCAACUAUUAAUGAACAAUCACUUCAUGAUCAAUUAUCUUCAAAUAUGAAUAUUGAUCAUUCAAAUAGCAGUAAUUCUUGUUCAUAUUUGCAUUCAAUUAUUAAUGAACAAUCACUUUAUGAUCAAUCAUCUUCAAGUAUGAAUAUUGAUCAUUCAAAUAGAAGUAAUUCUCGUUAUAGUUUUUAUUUUGAGCUCUACAAUAUUGAAACUUUUAAGCUUGUUCCUUAUGAUAAGUUGAUACAUAAGAAGCCUUUCAAAGGAUUGCUGUUUGAUUCGUUGGACAUUAGUCUUGACUUUUACAAGACUUAUGGUCAAGAAUAUGGUUUUGAUGUGAAUAUGUCAAGUCAAAAAAAGAUACAAUGA